AGAUAUUAUAUUUUAUUUUAAAAAUUGGUUGAGUGUUAAAUUUAUAAGAAACUUCGAAAAAAAUCUCGGUUAAUCUUUACAAGUUAAAAAUAUUCUGUCAGUUCGGUAAUAAUAGAUUUGUAAUAGAACGAAAAAACCUAUACACUCUGCAACUUGUUGUGCUGGCGAGUUUAUCAACGUUUCCGGAGAAAAAUCAAUAGACGAAACGAAAAUAUACAGAGAUAACGAAUAAAAAUAAUGUUUCUGCAGCUAAAAGGUACCCCCAAUAUGGCCAGCAAAUUUCUUUGUUUGCUUAUGGCCUUAACAGCUGGCCACAGUGUUGUGGCCUAUACACCAAUUUCUAAGGAAAGUAUUUUUGCUGAUGUCCUUCUGACCGAGUUGCUUAACCGCAUGGACAAGGAAAAUGAUCCACUAAGCAACUAUUUCGAUAUGGAUAGCGAUUUGCCCAAAGGUUUAGACAUGGUUUCACGCUCCUCCAGUCAAAAUAUACCAGAAGACUAUGAAUAUCGUAAUGUAUUCCCAGGUGGUCCAAAUCCCUCCAUACGGGAUCAAGAAUUUUUGCAGCACAGCUCUUUGUGGGGUCACCAGUAUGUGUCGGGCGGUAUGGGUGAGGCACCCAAUCAUUUUCCAACACUCAUUAAAACCGAUGCCAGCCUCCCCGCCUACUGCAAUCCACCCAAUCCCUGUCCCUUUGGCUAUGAAGAAGAUGAAGGCUGCAUUUCAAAAUUUGAAAAUACCGCUCUUUUCAGUCGUGAAUAUCAGGCCGCCCAAGAUUGUACCUGUGACAGUGAACAUAUGUUUGAUUGUGCUGGCCAAGACACCAGCUCUGGCAAUAGUGAAAUGGCUUCGACCAUGGAGAAAUUCCUAAUGCAUCAAUUCCAAAAUGACAAUGGCAUUGACAACACCAAUGCUCCCGUUAAGAAAUUGUAUGGUAUUGCUGCUGCUCCAGCUGCUGUAAAUCCAUUUUUGGAAGGCGAUAAACUACCGAUUGCAGCCAAAAAGGGCAAUCAUGUUAAAGUUUAAUCACACCAAAAUAUUGAGUUUUCAACAUAGAUUUUAUCGCUUUGCCCCACCAUAAAUGGAUGUGUUGAAAAUUUGUUUAAAAUCAAUAUUGUAUAUAGGAAAUAUUUGUGUAGUUGUUUCGAGUUUAAAGCAUAUUUUAUGUAGUAUAUUCAAUAUAACCCUGCCCUCUUUUUCCAAAUAAAAAAUUAACUACACCUCCCUCCCUCUCCCCUCCUCCACAAAAGUAUUAGCACCAAUACACAUAUUAAAGGAACUAAUGCAUACAUAUCGUACUGAUUGUAUGUAUGUAUUGUAUAUUGUAAAUGUGUUUGUUUUAUUAUUAGAAAAAAAUGUAUGUAAUUUAAGUUGGAUUUUAAUUAAACAAAAUAAUGUUAUCGUAAAACUUUCAACUCAAUAAUAAAAGUAUUAUGGAAUAUUUA